AUGCCAAAGUACACCCACAUUCUUCUAUUCCUUGCAGUGCACUCAAUUAAACCGUGGAACAAUCGAGAAAUCCAGAGUUUCCUGCAAGAAUGGGAAUUUCUUGAACAUGUGAAGAAUAAUCAUGUAAUAUCAAAAGCAAUUUCCCAGCGUCUUAAUCAGAGAGGCAUAAAGAAGAGCUGGAAAAAAUGUUCCCACAUGCUGACAAGUUUGCAGGAUCUGUACUGGACUAUCUGUGAGGCCUACAAGAGACCAAGAAGUGAACCGCUGCCUUGUCCUUAUAGACAAGCCCUGCACAGAAUCCUGGGGUACAGACAGGAAGACCAUGACCUCUCAGGUCUUCUCUGUACAGAUGUUGCUUCUGACUUGCUAGCUCUUGAACACCAGCCCGAGGACUGCGGUGCUUCUGUUUCCUUUGAGGAGCUGCUGUGGGUCCCUCCACCUGUGAUCUUCAUGGAAAAUCCUCAGGCACCCGGAUGGGAACCCUGGAACAUGAACCUUCCAGGAUAACCCACCCUGCAACAGAACAAUCCAACUCUGUAACUCGUGAUUCUUUCCUUUCCCCAUCCAAUUGAAUGAGAAUAAAAUAUGAAAUUAAUUGAA